AUGGAAUUCAAUCUCAUCUUUGUGAUGGGUCUUCAAAAAGAGUGGAGGAGUGUGAGUAUGAUGGUCAAAAAUCAGCAAAGUUUUGAUAAAUCAUCACUUAAUGAUCUGUACAAUCAACUGAAGACUCACGAAAGUGAACUCAAUGAAAUGGAAGAAGAAUCAAAGAUGAGUUUGGGAGGUCCGUUGGCUCUUGUGUCCAAAAUGUCUGAGAAAGAAAUUGAAAACGAUGAACCAGAAGAGGAAGAGGGAUUCAUCAUGAAUUCGGAUGAUGAGGCUGUAGCAUUUUAUUCAAAUAAUCGUGUUAAGAAAUUUUACAAAAAGCCAUUCAAUCCGAAGACUAAGCAAGCUGAGGUGAAGAAUAAUCCAAUGAGUAAAGUUAUUCGUGAUGAGAAGAAAAAGGUUGAAAAGGAAGAUUCGAAGGUGUUGGAAGGGAAGGUUGAGAAGAAGUUGAAAGGUGAUGCUGGAGUGGAUUUUCACUAUUGUAAUGGGGCUAACCAUCUAGCUAAUGAUUGCAUGCUGAGGAAGAAGGAUGAGAGGAAGAAUAAGAUAAAGAAUGAGGCGUACUAUGCUGAAAAAUUGGAGGAAGUUCGUGAAAAGACCAAAAAUAUGUCAUUGGUUGCCAGGGGCGAACAAGAAGAAGAUGGAACUUAUCAAAUUUGGUCUUCUGGAUCAGAUGAUGAAGAGAUGCAAAAUCCAACACACAGGGCAAUGUAUGCAAAGUUGGAGGAGGACUCAGAUGAUGAGAAAUACGAACUGAAAGGGAGAUGCUUCAUAUCCAAGACUGCAGACAAAUCUCCAAUGACUACUAAGACUGUUACUUAUUUUGAUUCAAUUAUUGUGUCUGCUAGCAAUGAGGCCAACAAGUUGUCCAUGGAGUUAUUAGAGACAAAAAAGAAAUUAGAUGCGAAAACUAGCAAAGUUGAUUGUUUAGAAUUACAGAUUAAGAACAUAAUGUGUGAUAGGGAAACUUUAGCAAAUGAAAUCAACAUUUUACUAGUACAAAGAAACAUCUACUGUAAUUCUGCCAAGAGGCAAUAUGGCAAACUAACUGAUUUACAUCAUUCAUGCGAAAUAAGUAAAGAGCAAUAUAGAAAAUUAAUGCCUUUUCUAGCAUACGAAAGAGCUAAGGUAGAUAAUGUUUUGCAUGAUUGUGAAGAGAUAAUAGCUAACUUUGACAAGGUUCCUGAUGAUAGAUAUAAAUAUGGGAUUGUCAAAAUUGAUGAAUGUCUGGAUACAAAUGAAUUAGUUGACAUAUUGUCUGUUGUUAAUGUUGUAUCAACAUCUAAAGGGAAAGAAAAUCUUAAGGAUUUGAAAGUUGAGGUUGAAACUGAUAAACCCUCAACUUCGAAAGUUUGUGAUUUGGACUUCGUGGAAAUCAAAGAUAGUCAAAUUGAUGAUAGUGACGAUGAAAAGGAGGAGAUAGUUUUGAAGAAAAAGAAAUCAUCGAAGGGCGCUCAUUUCUUGGAAACUAACACUGUGGUUUAUCCAAAUUUUAAGUGUUCGGAUGAUGUCAUAUUUCCAAACCAAGUCUUCGUCACUACAGGAAAUGUAGAAAAUGUCAAACCAAAGUUCAAGAAGUUAGUUAAAGAAGAUAAUUUGAAAACAACAUAUGACGGGUUCUUCUUAAAUCAAAGCACAGUUGAAAACAACCUCACAAAAAAUUCAUAUGUUUUCAACAGACAAAAACCACAAAGAAAAUGGGUUGAAAAGUCACAGACCGUGAAAGAAGUUUUAGAACCAAUUGUAGUGGAAACUGAAAAACUUGUCAAACUAAACUCAAAAGAAUUCAAAGACCAAGUUGACAAAUUUUCGAAAGAAAACAAUAUUUCAAAACGACAAGCAAGGAAGAAAAUAUUUUGGCAGACAAUUGAGUCUCAAAAGAUGACAAACAAAACCACAAAACAUGUUAAGACUUGUCAAGUCAAAGGAUAUGGGAAAAUCACAAAUGGUCAAUUCACAGUGAAUCGCGUUGCUAAUGUCGAUGGUCUUCAACACAACUUGAUAAACGUAUCACAACUUGUCGUGGGCACUGACAAUCAUGUACUUUUCAAUGAAGAGGGAAGCAUUAUUUUGAAUGUCAACACAAACGAAGUUUUUCUCAAAUCAAAAAGGAAAGGUGAGAUGUUUACAUUGGAUAUCAAUCCAAUUGUAGGCAAACCUGCUAUAUGUCUUCUUUCGAAAGCUUCAUCAGACAUUAGCUGGCUUUGGCAUCGAAGACUUUCACAUCUUAACUUUCGAAACAUCAACAAACUUGUUGUUCAAGAUUUGGCAAGCAACAUAAACAAGGUCAAGGUUCACGUUCUCAGGCUUAAAUCCGACGUUGCACAAAUCAUGAUUGACUUUAUCAAUAAGAUGGAAACAACUCUGAAGAAGACCGUUCGAAAAAUCAAGAGUGAUCAUGGAACUGAAUUUAAGAACAAGGUUCUUGAUUCCUUUUUGGUGCACAAAGGAAUUUCGCAUAAUUUUUCGUCUCCAUAUACACCAUCCCAAAAUGGUGUCUUUGGGAUGAAGUCGUCUCUACUGCAUGUUUUACUCAAAAUAGAUCUUUCAUCCAUCGUCGAUUUAAUAUCACUUCAUACGAAAUUAUUAAUAAUCGAAAACCUAAUGUGA